AUGAAACCAGUUCAAUCGUCAUGGCUUGUCAACGCUUUGUGUUUGACAGCACAGUUUGGGUCGGCAUUACAACUUGAUGUCAGUAGUCCGGGUAAGAUUGCAGCAAUACCAUGGCACAAAGUCAUUGAGGCUGACGCCGAACAGNACUCGAUCAGGUCAACGUCUAGCGUGGUCGCAUACGACCUAAUGUCGUACUAUACCGGAAACCGAACUGGAGAUGUCCCAGGAAACUUGCCGGCACCGUACUACUGGUGGGAAGCGGGCGCCAUGUUUGGUGAGAUGAUCGAGUACUGGUACUACACUGGUGACGCGACAUACAACGAUGAAGUCAAGCAGGCUCUACUGCACCAAGUCGGAGACGACAAGGACUACAUGCCCAGGAAUCAGUCUAAAUCUCUAGUAUGUAUUCCUAACGAAACUCGUACAUUGCGUCGUGACAGGCUGGCUGACACGACGAACAGGNGUAAUGAUGACCAAGUCUUUUGGGCAUUCAGUGCCAUGACAGCGGCCGAACUCAAAUUCGAGGAUCCAGGAGACGGUCAGCCAUCAUGGCUGGCACUUGCACAAGCCGUGUUCAACGAGCAGGCAUCAAGAUGGGACGAUGGGACCUGUGGUGGAGGAUUGCGCUGGCAGAUUUUCACCUUCAAUGCUGGGUACGACUACAAGAAUGCCGUCUCCAAUGGUGGCUUCUUCCAGCUGGCAGCACGCCUGGCGCGUUACACGCAGAACCAAACAUAUGUCGACUGGGCAGAGAAGACGUGGGACUGGUAUGCUGGAACACCCCUGCUGGAAAUUCAGAACUGGCAGGUCAACGACGGAUCCAGUACGCAGAAGAAUUGCACAGAUGCCAGUCAGCUGCAGUGGACAUACAACUAUGGUGUUUUCAUUGCAGGAAACGCAUACCUCUACAAUUACAACAUGGGAGGCGUCAUGGUUGAAGUAACAUGUGAGCCACUAGGAAAUUGCAACAACGACCAACCGGCAUUCAAGGCAUUCCUCACUCGAUGGCUUGCAGUGACAGCACAACUGGUUCCCGAGCUUUAUGAGCGCAUCUUUACAUACUUGCGCAAGUCGGCUGCGGGCGCGGCAGGACAGUGUUCAGGAGGAGCACUUGGGAGACACUGCGGUCGUGAGUGGAACUCGACAACAUGGGAUGGAGUUUCAGGAGUUGGCGAACAGAUGUCUGCUCUUGCAGUCAUUCAAGCGAUGAUGAUGGAUACGACAGAUCUAGCUGCGCCGGUGGGAGCUACAACUGGAGGCACGAGCAAGGGUAACCCAAGUGCAGGUACAGGGACCAGCGGCACAACGGGCAGCGAUGGCAUGCACGCUGUGAACACGGAUAAGAUCACGACUGGUGAUAAGGCUGGAGCAGGGAUUCUCACAGCACUGGCGCUGCUAGGCACGAUAAUUACUGGAGGAAGUUUGGUUCUCGAAGCCAUGUCCGACAGGCGUCGCGAAGUUGGCGGCGUCGAGGACGGACAAGAGAAGAUUAUUCCAGUUAGCACACACACACCAACAGACAUGCCGCCACGACUCAAUCUCCUCUCACGGGCAUCGCUAUGCCGGCCCACAGCACCUCACUCGAGCGUAGCGUCGCUGCUGCAACCCUUCCUGCGUAGCGCACAACAACCCCAGCAACAAAGAAACGCCUCGAUUCUCUCGUCGCUCUCGGACAACUCGGGCGCCUACAACAAGAAGAUCAGGAGAGGAAGAGGUCCCUCAUCGGGCAAGGGCAAGACAUCAGGACGUGGUCACAAGGGUCAGAAGGCCCACGGCAAGGUGCCGCGCAACUUCAAUGGUGGUCAAACGCCCGAAGAGGUGGUCCACGGUGUCAGAGGCUUUGAGAACCAGUAA